AUGGCAAUUAAUGCUAAAAAAACUAAGGACAUGUGGAUCUCUUUCACGGACGCUAUACCUGAACCACCACGUCUUCGUAUUGGAAAUGAGUUAAUAGAAAGGGUCAACGCUUUUAAAUUACUUGGCGUGUCGUUCCAAAAUAAUCUAAAAUGGAACGCACAUGUUGAAGAGAUUACACGUAAAGCAAAUAAACGCCUUUACCAUCUUAGAAAAUGCAGGAAAUCGCAGUUACCAGCUGAAGUCGGUAUUAUUACCUAUCAAUCCAAAAUAAGACCAAUUCUCGAGUAUGCAUCACCUGUCUGGGCGGGACUGCCUAAUUACCUGCGAGAUGAAAUAGAGCGGGUUCAAUCCAGGAGCUUAAGAAUCCUUGGCCUGGAAAAAGAUUACCUACCACCGCUGAACGAAAGAAGGGAAGAGGCAACUAGUCCAGAAGUUGAUAGGUUUAUGAACGAUCCAAACCAUCCCUGUCGCAGUGUUUUGCCAAAAUUAAUUAACAAUCGGUACAAUUUAAGGAACAUUGACCGGAAUCGCAAUAUAUCAUUCUUCUCAGGAACUGAAAGGCAUAAACAUUCUUUUUCAGGAAGAGCUUGUAAAUAUGUAUAA